AUGACGGCGGAGGAGAAGGAGAACCUGCGGUGCUACCGGCGGUACAUCGAGAGGAGCCUGAACCCCGUGUACGUCCUCAGCAACAUGACGGACUGGCUGUCGGACGAGCUGAAGGAGCGAGUCCGAAAGGAGGAGGAGAAGGGGGUGACGGCGGCCGCCGCGCUGUUCCUGGACGCCGUGCUGCAGCUGGAGGCGGAGGGCUGGCUCCGGGGCUUCCUGGAUGCUCUGGUUGCCGCAGGUUACACUGGACUGGCAGAAGCAAUUGAAAACUGGGACUUCAGCAAACUGGAAAAACUGGAGCUGCACAGGCAGCUGUUGAAGCGGAUAGAAGCAACAAUGCUAGAAAUUGAUCCUGUAGCAAUCAUGCCAUACAUAAACACAUGCCUGAUAGAGAGGGAUUGUGAUGAGAUCCUGCAGAUCAGUGAAUACAGAAGCAAAGCAGCUGGGAUAACAAAACUCAUUGAAUGCCUCUGUCGCUCGGAUAAAGAAAACUGGCCCAAAAGUCUUCAGCUGGCACUGGAUAAUGCAGGAUAUUACAAUGCAAGUGAACUGUGGAAUAUAAGAGAAGAUAAUGGCAAAGAUGUAGAUGGUGAAAUGACAGAUGAUUCUGAGAAUUAUUUUGAAACCAUGAUGACAUUUUCUGAAGAAGCAGAAUGUGAUAAUCUUGGUGAAAAUCUCUCUUCAGUUUCAGAAAGUGCCUGUGAGUCUUCAUCUGUUUAUAAACCAAAGAAGGCUCGGAGCUACCAGAUUGAGCUUGCACAGCCUGCUAUUGAUGGGAAAAAUACACUGAUUUGUGCCCCCACAGGAUCUGGAAAAACUUUUGUGGCACUUCUGAUUUGUGAACAUCAUUUGCAAAACGUUCCCUCAGGACAAAAGGCAAAAGUUGUCUUCCUUGCAACCAAAGUGCCAGUGUAUGAGCAACAGAAAAAUGUAUUCAGGCAGCAUUUUGAAAGAAGUGGAUAUUCUGUUCAAGGAAUUUGUGGUGAAACAGUUGCAAAUAUGUAUGUAGAAAAUGUUAUCCAGGACAGUGAUAUCAUUGUGCUAACUCCCCAGAUUCUUGUGAAUAGCAUGGAGAAAGGUAUCCUUAGCUCCCUCUCCAUCUUCACUCUGAUGAUAUUUGAUGAGUGCCACAACACUACAGGCAACCACCCUUACAAUGUGCUGAUGGCCAGAUACCUGGAUCAAAAAUUUGACUCCUCUGCAAGCCACCUGCCUCAGAUUGUAGGCUUAACUGCUUCUGUUGGAGUUGGUAAUGCCAGGAGCACUGAUGAAACUGUGCAGCACAUCUGUACCCUCUGCUCCUACCUUGACAUACAAGCCAUAUCCACUGUCAGAGAGAACAAGCAAGAUCUGCAGAGGUUUGGAAACAAGCCAGAAACACACAUCAGAUGGGUUAAAAUGCGAGCUCAGAAUCACUUUGCAGACAUUAUCUCAGGUCUGAUGUCUGAGACAGAGGUGUUGAUGAGGAAGAUUUACUCAGUGGAUACUAUCUCCCAAAUCAACAAGAAUUACCUUGGAACACAGAGAUAUGAACAAUGGAUCGUUUCCACUCAGAAGAAAUGCAGACUGUUGCAACUGGAAGAUAAGGAGAAGGAGAGCAGUAUUUGUAGAGAUCUUUUCAUUUGUACUGAACACUUGCGAAAAUUCAACGACGCUCUGAUUAUCAGUGAAGAUGCCCGCAUCGAAGAUGCUUUAGCCUACCUAAAUGAAUUUUUCACAAAUGUAAAAAAUGGACCAUAUACAGAGUUAGAGAAGCAACUGACGGAGAAAUUUCAAGAGAAAGAACUAGAGCUGACUGCCCUUUCAAAAGAUGAGUCAAAUGAGAAUCCAAAGUUGGAAGAGCUUGCUUGCAUCCUGGAUGAAGCAUACCGCUAUAACCCAGAGACUCGCACUAUUCUCUUUGCCAAGACAAGAGCCUUAGUAGCUGCUUUGAAGAAGUGGAUAGAAGCAAACCCUGUACUUAGCCACAUAAAGCCAGAUGUGUUGAUGGGUAAGGGAAGAAGAGACCAUAAAACAGGUAUGACCCUGCCAAUGCAGAAGGGUGUACUGGAUGCAUUCAGAAAUGACAAAGACAUCAGACUGCUAAUUGCUACAUCUGUUGCUGAUGAAGGCAUUGAUAUUACUGAGUGCAACCUUGUGGUGCUCUAUGAAUACUUUGGUAAUGUCACCAAAAUGAUCCAAGUCAGAGGUCGUGGAAGGGCAAGAGACAGCAAGUGCAUCCUUGUGACAAACAAAACAGAAGUGGUUGAGAAUGAAAAACUAAACCGUUACAAGGAAGACAUGAUGAAUGCAGCUAUUGAAAAGCUACAGAAAUGGGAUGAAACAACAUUUGCGAGAACGAUAUGUCGCCUGCAAAGGAGAGAAAAGGUACUACGAGAUUCCAGGAAGAACGAAACAAAACAUGAAGUCGUGGAAGGGAAAAAAAAUCUUUUGUGUGGGAAAUGCAAAGUGUAUGUCUGCAGUACAGAUGACAUCAGAAUUAUAAAGGAAUCUCAUCACACUGUCCUGGGUGACACGUUCAAGGAGCGUUACAUAACAAAGCCCCACAGGAAACCAGUUAAGUUUGAUGGUUUUGAGAAAAAGAGCAAGAUGCAUUGCCGAAAUGCUGAGUGCCAGCAUGACUGGGGGAUCACAGUGAAGUACAAGACAUUUGAUAAUCUACCAGUGAUCAAAAUCAAAAGCUUUGUACUAGAGGAUGUUGAAACUGGGACACAAAUGGAUUUUCAGAAAUGGAAAAGUAUUAAUUUGUCUUUGAAGAAUUUUGAUGAAGAAACAUUCCACUGA